CCGUCCCUAGCGAUCGUGUUCCUUCAAGCGCGGGUCAGGGGACUCUUCUAGACCCCAGUCCCCAGUCCUCCCAGCCUCACCCAACACAGCGCCCUCUCGCCCGGUCACCGCGACCGUAAUCGCACGCCAUGGGUUCGACACAAUUUGGCGAUUUUCACAACUUUUGUCGCGACUCGACACUGCCAGUCUGUAACCUCUUCGCGGUCAACCAGCCCCCGAACCAGGCCUUCGGCGGGUGCGCGCUCUACGGCAUUGAACUCUCCGGCGAUCGCUACCUCGCUAACUUAGGCUCGAUUCUACUGGCUUUCAUCGCGAUCCUGGUUUCGGCAGCUUUGAUAUGGAGGUCGGACAAAAAGCAUGCCGCCGUCGGGCGUCGUGAAAUGCAAUUGUUCCUGCUUGGUUACAUUGUUAUCGAGAUUUGUGAGAUUCUUACUGUCGGUGGGAUUCCGCUUCAUGAUGCGGUUCGAAAGGGUUUCUCGGCUGUUCAUUUGGCGGCAAUUACUGCGACGUGCUGGAUUCUGCUUAUGAACGCGUUUGUGGGCUUCCAGCUGCUUGACGAUGGUACGCCGGCCUCGAUCGGUUUGAUUUGUGCCUCUGCCGUUGUGCUCUUUAUCGGUACGGGCUAUAUUGCACUCGACACUGCGUUCGACUGGACUGGCCACUUCGAAUCUAGCCACUCGGGCCAGAACAGGAAUAUCGGACUCUACGUCCUGUACCAGCUCUUCCCGCUCGUCUGCUUGUUCCUGUUCUUCGUCCUCGAGUCCGUGCUGGUAUUGCGGGUUCUGGGCGAGUUCCGACCAAUGAUCUAUCUCACCGGCGCAACUCUGUUAUUCGCCAUUGGUCAGAUCUUCCAAUACGUGAUCAGCGUCCACCUGUGCGAAGCCUCUUCUCACAAGAUCAACGGAGCCUUGUUCGAGACCCUUUUCACUCUCCUCGCCGUCACCGGAAUCUGGACUUUCUGGAGUAGUAUCACAGAAGACGACUGGCCCUUGCCCACCGGUGGAUACAACUAA